CAUUCCCAGAUAAAGGAGCCGAUGCCUUUGAGCUAAGGGCCAGGAGUCCAUUCAGGCGGGAAACUCGCUCCAAGGCUUUAAAAGGGGGAGUUUCACUCUUCUAGGAUUGUUUUCUCCCUCCCUCUCUCUCUCUAGAGUCACAGUUUUGAGUCAAAAAUGGAGCCCUUGAGUGUCCCAGCUACUCCGGGUCAAGAGACCUUCACAGACGCACGGCACGUCAUAGGCAACUAUGCUUUUGAACUAGGUCUGUCACCAGCUCUUGGAUUAACCGCAACCCGAUUCGCUGACUCUUUGGAGGUCCUUGGAGGGCUUGGGGACCUCGGUGAUGUUGUUUGCUGGAGUGACAAUGUGGAUCACUGUAUCUCCUAUCUUAACAAGGAACUGGUAGCACUGGGGUUCCCUGCCCUCUACAAGGAUGAUGGUUCUGGAGAUGAUAUUGAGCAUGGCUUUGACCUACUGGCAUUGGUGAAUAGUACUACCCAGAUACUACGCCUCUACCAAGAAACAACCGCUAAACUGGCUGACAUAGAAGUGGAGGAGAUGCGGCGUGCAGGAGAACUGGAUUAUCUGAGGGCACGGCAUGGAAAACUCAAGGACCAGGUGGAAGGUUGUGAAAAGGAAAUUUCUGCCAUAAAGAACAAAGAGCAGCAACUUCAAAGCAAGAACAAGCAGCUGAACAGCCUGUUGAAGGAAGAAAAGGAUGAGAUUACCAAGCUCCAGAGUGCCCUAGCAAACCAAAAGCAGCAACACCUCCAUGAAAUGAAGAGGAAAGAGCAAGAGCUGGUGCGGCUGAAAGAAAAAAUGAACCAGCUGGUGACAGAGAAGAGAGACAAGAGAGGAACAAUUGAUAUCCUCAAUGUUCUCCCCCGUCCUGAUGGGAAGAGGGCAACCUGGAAAACAGGAAAAUCUCUUGGGAGAAAGGAGGAAGAGCUCUUCCGUACUCAGUUGGUCAAGCAGGAACGGCGGGAGCAGAUGUUGGCUUUAGAGAAUGCCAAGCUGAAGCAGCUGCUGAAAGAAGUGGGCCAGGAUAUGGAGCAGCUGUUGAGCAAGGAUGUGAGCCUUGCCCAGGGCAUGGAGCAAAGCUCUCUAUAUGAGAUCUUCCAGGAACAGUGGUGUAGCCUCAGAAAUCACCUGAAGACCCUUGGUUACCAAGGGGCCUCCUGUAUCUUUCCUUCCUCAGCUCUGACUGCUGCUGGCUCCCGAUUUUCCAAGGAGGAGGGGCAAGACCCUGUCAUCAGCGGGACAGACCAUGACAAGGAAAUAAUGAAGCUAAAGGAAGAGAUCGAAGAGAACAGGGCUCAGAUGGCACAGCUGCAGCAGUGUUUCCAGGAGCAAUUGGCUUCUGCCAUCAGCUCAGAGUUGCCAGAGCACCUGAAGGGAUCUUACUUCCUGGAGGAAGAGCAACGGCUGCUGGAGGAGCGGGACAUGCUUGAGGAGCAGAAGAAGGCAUUCGAAAUUGAGCGAGAAAACUUCACUGAGGCAGCCAUUCGGCUAGGAUGGGAGAGAAAACAGUUUGAGGACCAGAAGGCCCUUUUCCUGAAGGAAGAAUUCUUCUGUUCAUUGCCAAGGUCAGAGAGAAAAGAUCCAAAGCGAAGGUUUUCAGCCCCUGUGACUAUCAGAGAGGAAGAAGAAAAUGAAGGAUCAGCCAAACAAAACAGAUGGGCCAGACCCAUUAGCACCCCAUACCCAAAGGUCCUUAUCACUCCGUGCUGCAAUUCAGAGCGCUUCAGAAAACGACCACUUAUCUCUAACCCCACCACUCCUGCCACAUGCAGACAGCAGAGGAAGUUCCUCCCACAGGAUUGGCCAGCUUCUCCCAUGCAGAUUAUCCAGAAUAAGGAGAGUCACCAAGACACUGCUUCCCAAACAGAAACUCCCAUGAAAAAGGACCUUCCUGAUGACCUUUUGGAACGCUUCCUGAACAGUUUCCUCUAGAGACAUCUUCCAACCAGACUGCUUAAGUUUUAAAUGCAUUUAAACCCUUUUCCUCUAACCUCAGUUUAUAUUAACCAUUCUAGUUUUAGGAAGUUGAAGUGUUGUUCUGACCUUGACAAAUCUUUUUUCAUUUGAAAUACUAGAAAUUACUUCUUCUGCAUAGAAAAGGUUAGCAAAAAUAUAUUCGAUAAUCCCACAGAACUAUGAAUGUACAGAAGUAUGAUAAUUUCUUGAUAGGACCUAAUACUGGGAAGAGCAGUUAAGUUUUAUCUGGCAUUGUGCCUGCUUUCAGGGUUUUCUUUUUUAAAGUUAGUGUGUGUUCCUUUUUCCCCUCUGUAUUUAAAUUGUAAGUUGAGAGCUAGUCUGCUCACCUAGUAUGUUUUUCAAGGCUUCAAUCACGAGAUUAAAGUAGUUCUCUUCUAAGGGCACCUGCCUUAUAAUAAAGAUGUAUUAUUUUUUACAUAAA